GAGAGACACCUGAAUGGAGUGUGGUGGCAGCUGAGGCUGCAGCCAGACGAAGCCGGCUUUAGUUGUACUGAGGAGUUUUGUCCUCAUCAGGAACUAAAGGAAGCCAGUCAAACAUCUUAAGCUCAAGCAUGGGUUGGAAUUGGAGCCUAUCCCCCAACCCGAAGGCAACCAGCACCAUGUGGCUUCUAACUGCUCCUCAUUCACCUAUUGAUGCCUCCCAGAAAAAAACGCCGCCAACGUUCCCAGAAAGCCCAGCUGCUAUUCCACCAGCCACCACUGGAGGGCCCCAAACACCGCUAUGGAUCUCCACAGCGUCCAGUCACCCACACCCGUCUGGUGCCCAGCAAGCCCAUUGACCACAGUACCAUCACUUCCUGGGUAACUCCUCAGUUUGACACAACGGCAGAAAACUGGCUUCCAGCCCACCAGAAACAUCAUCACCGAGGCCAAGCAAGACGUUCGAGUAGAAAAUCUACCACCUCCAAGUUUCCAUGUCUAACCUUUGAGAUUCCACAAUCUUCUUCCAGUUCAGAGACAUUGGAUAUCCCCUUAAUCAGGGAAUGCCCCAAUCAAUCAGAAAAGGAUGUUUCCAGAAGGCCCUUAGUUCCAAUGCUCAGUCCCCAAAGCUGUGGGGAACUGUCAGCACACACACUUCAGAACUUACCUUGUGUGUUCAUUCCACCUGACAUUCAGACCCCAGAAUCAUCUUCUGUAAAGGAAAAACCCAUUCCCCCAGAUCAGAGGGAAAACAUCCUUUCAGGCUGCUCCCUUCACAUUAGCACUCCCAACAGCCCACAUCCUGGGCCUAUUCUGGUUAAAGACACCCCCAAGGAGAAUUAUGGGAUAAAGGUCACAUGGAGGAGACGUCGGGACCUGUUUGCUUACCUCAGGGAGACAGGGAAGCUGAGCAGAAGCCAGUUCCUUGUGAAAAACUGACGGAUUUCUCAGACAUCAGUCUUUCUCAUCAGCAGUCUCAAGAAAUUGAAUUGAUUGCUGAUUUUUAUAGAGUUGCUAAAGUCACUUUUGUGGCUCUCAAGAGAGUAGAUCAAUAGAAUAAAAUGGAAAUAACAGUAGAAAAAAGACAUUUUAGGGGCCGGCCCGUGGCU